GAGGUGACUUUUCUGAGCUCACAACGGCCGCUGUCUCUUCGUCGAUCGGACGCUCCUUUGCAGCCUCUUCCUUCUCCGCCGCCAUUAUGUCUCUUUCCACCAAGCUGACGCUGGACAAAGUGGACGUGAAGGGGAAGCGCGUCGUCAUGAGGGUUGAUUUCAAUGUCCCAAUGAAGGACAACAAAAUAACCAACAACCAAAGAAUUAAGGCAGCUGUCCCAAGCAUCAAGCAUUGCUUGGACAAUGGAGCCAAGUCUGUGGUACUUAUGAGCCAUCUGGGGCGACCUGAUGGCGUUCCAAUGCCUGACAAGUACUCUCUGCAACCAGUGGCCGCAGAACUCAAAGCGCUGUUGGGCAGGGAUGUCCUGUUCAUGAAAGACUGUGUUGGUGCAGAGGUGGAGGCCGCUUGCGCUAAUCCUGCAGCUGGUUCUGUCAUUCUCCUGGAAAAUCUCCGGUUCCAUGUAGAAGAAGAAGGAAAGGGGAAGGAUGCUUCAGGCAACAAGAUUAAGGCUGACUCUGCAAAAGUGGAUGCUUUCAGAGCUUCACUUUCUAAACUCGGAGAUGUUUAUAUCAAUGAUGCCUUUGGAACUGCGCAUAGAGCCCACAGUUCAAUGGUUGGUGUCAAUCUGCCUCAGAAAGCUGCUGGCUUUCUCAUGAAGAAAGAACUGGAUUAUUUUGCCAAAGCAUUAGAGCAUCCAGAGCGUCCUUUCCUGGCAAUCCUUGGAGGAGCUAAAGUUCAAGAUAAGAUUCAGCUGAUCAAUAACCUACUGGACAAAGUCAAUGAGAUGAUUAUUGGCGGAGGGAUGGCUUUCACCUUCCUCAAAGUGCUCAAUAACAUGGAGAUUGGCAACUCUUUGUUUGACGAAGAAGGGUCAAAAAUAGUCAAGGAUCUGAUGGCCAAGGCAGAGAAGAACAGUGUGCGAAUCAACUUGCCCAUUGACUUCAUCACUGCGGAUAAAUUUGAUGAGAACGCCAACACCGGAAAAGCCACGGUGGCCUCUGGCAUCCCUGCCGGCUGGAUGGGUCUGGAUUGUGGUCCCGAAAGCGUUAAGAAUUUUGUUGAAGCUGUGGGGAGAGCCAAACUAAUUGUGUGGAACGGUCCAGUAGGCGUGUUUGAGUGGGACAAGUUUGCCAGCGGAACCAAAGCUGUGAUGGAUAAAGUUGUGGAAGUCACAAGCAAAGGCUCUGUCACCAUCAUUGGUGGUGGAGACACUGCUACAUGCUGCGCUAAGUGGAACACGGAAGACAAAGUCAGUCAUGUUAGCACUGGAGGCGGUGCCAGCCUGGAACUUCUAGAAGGUAAAGUCCUCCCUGGCGUCGAUGCCCUGAGCAGCGUGUAAACGGAGAGGACGCUGGAUGUGUAAGAACCUCCUCCCCGCCAUGUUCCUCUGCACACAAGUCCUUAAAGCAGCUACUGCAACGCUUCUCUAUCCAUACAAGCGGCAGAUCGCAAUGUAAACCUUGGAAGCAAACAGAACGGCCGACAGAGAGGUUUCAGAUGGCUCUGUUUUGUGGAGCCUGCAGUUUACAUGAUGCUGAUUUGCCAACGGUUUCCCCGUCGGAACUACUGUAGUCUUCAAUUGUUCUUGUGAAUUUAGAGUGUAUAUAUUUAUAUUUUUUGUCCUUUUUGACAAGGCCAGGUUUCCCCUCUUAGCUGCCAAUUUCUCAAAAACAACCUCAGAGUUCAGUUUCAACGGUUUUUUAGCUGCUAUGUAUGGCUUGUCGGUUCACACAAUCCACAACCAAGAGGGAAAUAACCCAUUUCUGGAUGUUGACUACAAUGUUAGCUUCAAAAUAAAUGUUUUAAGAUGUGAAUCAGA